AUGCAAUCGAGUGUAUCACCGACGAUCUCGGUGGAAUCCCUCAAAGAGUACUUUGAGUGUCCGAUUUGCUUGAAUGUGCCCCGCGGUUCGCCCAUUUUCCAAUGUGGAACGGGACAUCUCAUUUGUGCGGAAUGUCGGCCCAAAAUCAAAGAUUGUCCCAUUUGCCGGGCCCAUCUGAGUAGGAACAGUCGAUUGUUGUUCGCUGAGAGAUUAUUGGAAGAAUGCGUGCCCGUACCUUGUGAAUUCGCUGACCUCGGUUGUCCCAUGGAACUUGUUUCCAACCAGUUAAAGCGACACGAAGCUCAGUGUUCGUACAGACCCAACCUCUGUAAGAACCACGUGCGAGGAUGCUCGUCCAGAUUGUCCUUGGAUGAGAUGAAUAAGCAUUUGGAUUGCUGCAGUUUUCGACUCAUCGAUUGUCCGAUGUCACUUUGUCAAGAGAAAGUUGUGGCCAGAUUACUCCCACAUCAUUUGGAGCUAAAGCAUUUGUCCAGAACUUUGACAGGGGGCUUUGAGAAGAAGAUUUUUACGACGUUACUGAUCGUUUGUCUGGUCAGCCUUCUUCUGAAUUACAUCUUGCUCAUUAACCUAAAGUGAGCCCCAUGCAUUCCACAUUGAUUUUCCUUGGUUUUCUCCUAUUGUGAUAGAUAAACGAAAUAUGUGUGAAUAUAAUAAAUACUCUCUUUGUAUGAUGAA